AUGAGCUCUCCGCCGGGUACCCCCAAGAAAAAGCUGUCCCAAACCAUCUCCUUCGUCAAAAACACCAAUCCGGAGAUCCUGCGCAUAAGUCCGAGGCCGGGCGGAGUUGUCACCAUCCCGAGUUCUACUCCCAAAGCUGUGAGGGCCGAGGAUGAUGUUUUCGGGGUUGAGAAGGAGUUUCAAGCCCAUAUUGAGGAGAAGGUUUCGAAGGAGUUUAGGGUCCAAACUGCUCUGGAUGAGACAAGGUCGUUGGAUUCGGAAGAUGUGACGAUGGCCAAUCCUGCAAAGGACGCAAUGUACACGAUUGGAGUUGCGUUGAGCUCGAUUAUGAUGAUGGCCAGUAACCAAACCCUGUCGAAGGAGCAUUUGGACUGGACGACUCGUUGUCUAGAGUGCAUCAGAGACGAUUUUGGGAACCACCCCCCGAACGUCCAAGGGAUUCUAAACCACCUCAAAUUCUUAAACCGUGGAGGUGAUGGUGGCGGUGGUGCCCCACCCCCUCCGGAGCCCACCGCUGGGGACGAAGGCGAUGCUAAAGAAGACGAAACUAGAGAAGACGAAGCUAAAGAAGACGAAGAGCUGGGGGAACAAACAAUCAGGUCCACAACAAGGAAAAUCAAGGUAUUAACGCUAGUCUUAGGGCGAGGUUUCAUCAACUUUAACCUUGAUAAAACCACGCCUCCAAUACUCUAUUUAUUGUUCCACAUCGCUUCAGGGAAUUUUUCAUCUCGGGGUAGCGAUGACGUGCCACCUGUUCUGCGUAAUCUCAGAUCAGCUAUCGAUUUAAUCAGUGAAGACAGACCCACUUUUAACGAACUUCGUGACCUGAAACGCGAUUCUCUUGACCUUCCGCGGGGAGAGUCCGUGUUUCCCAUACGUCUAACAUCCUUCGGAUCUGAAGAAGAUGACGAAGGAAGUCUCGAUGAAACACCGCCAGACGCACCGGAAGAUGCCCAACAAGACGACGCUCAACCUGAAGCUGAAACUCCUGAAGUAACACCAACUGAAGAACCGACUGAAGCGACACCAACUGAAGAACCUGAAGAUACAAGCAAACCGACUGAAGAUACAAGUAAACCGACUGAAGAUGCAGCCAAAGCCAAAACAUCUGACUCCCCAUUUCAGGGCUGGGAAAAAAAGAAAAAGGUUCUAGUCGACCCAAAUGCUACGAUAAAGGAUAUUUUGGAAAAUUCGCACUAUCUGACGGCCCUUCCUGUAGUUCCCGAAGAGGAAGCUUCCUAUAAACCAAUUUUGUACACUUUUCGAGUGAAAGCAAAAGGGCGGGCGACGAAAUUGAAACAUAUUACGACAAAACCGCCCCCGUUUUAUUUACAAUUUGACCACACUAUUGCCGUCAUUUGGACACUAUUUAAUAAGGAGUCAAAUAAAGAGACACUCGGAAUCGUUCAAUUGCAGUGGGCCCUUUACUUCUUGGAAGGCAUUUAUAACGAUGAGGGGGUGCACCCGAAAGACGUCCAGCUGUGUAUUGACACCAUUCAGGAUUAUCUAAUCGCUGAAUACGCCGAAAUAUCUGAGGAAUCUGUCAUUUAUGGCCAUUCUACUUAUGGUGACUUUAUUAAGAAGGAGGCCACAAGUGUCCCAUUUUCUCCAAACUAUGCACAAAUGAUCGAAAAGUGUCCAAAGAUCAGUAGUAGUGCUGAAGGAGAUGAUACAGUGUUCCUCGACCAAAAUCUCCUAAAUGAAUUGGAAAAUGUGAAGAAAGUUGUUGGAAUUGAGUCUAUUGAUUUGACCAAAGUUGUCUCCAAAGACCAAGUGAUGAACAUUUUGAACGACUGGAAGAAAGAACAAAUUGGGAAGAUUCAAGACGAGUUGAAGAUGUUGUACGUGGUUGAGGACAUGUUGAAGAAUUCCGAUUCGCAACAUUUUGAUGGGUAUACGGAUGAGUCGCAGUUUGAGACCAUAUUUCGGAAAAAUAAAUAGACUUUAAAUUUU